CUCCAAAGCAUCUGGAGGGCACCAGGUGGGGAAAACCUGGAGUAGCAGUCAUCUUCCUGGAAUUAAGAUGCCGAUGUGAACCUGAAAAAGCUGAGCUUGAAUCCUGGCAAUUUGGAGACACUGUAGGCAAAAAUGGCUACUGUGUCCCAGAAGUAUUUCCUGGAGGGACAGACAUACUCUCUUCCCCUCAUCCAACCUGAUCUCCGCCGGGAAGAAACUAUUCACCAGAUAGCAGAUGCCCUUCAGUACCUGCAGAAAGUCUCGGACGAUAUCUUCAACAGGAUUUCUCAGCGAGUGGAGGCCAGCCGGGCACAGGUGCGGGCAAUUGAUGAGAGAAUCACCCUUGCUCAAGCCAAAAUUGAGAAGAUAAAGGGCAGCAAGAAGGCUAUCAAGGUGUUCUCCAGUUCAAAAUACCCUGCUCCAGAACGGCUGCAAGAAUAUGCCUCUAUUUUUGCUGGUGCUGAGGAUCCGGAUACACAGAAACGACAGAGGCGCAAGAUUCAGAGCAAGCACAGAGUCUUAGAUGAGAAAACUCUGCAGGAGAAACUGAAGUACUUCCCGGUUUGCGUCGCUGCAAAAGUCCACCAGGAAGAUGAUGCAGAAGAAGGUCUUGGGAGCCUCCCCAGGAAUGUUCGUUCUCUGAGCUCCCUGCUACUCUUCAACACCACUGAGAACCUUUACAAGAAGUAUGUUUUCCUCGAUCCUCUGGCUGGAGCAGUAACCAAGAUCCAUGUGGCUCUGGCAACAGACACAGAGGAGAAGCUCUUUGAUGCGCCCCUCUCGAUAACCAAGAGAGGACAGCUGGAUAAGCAGGUGGCUGAAAAUUACUUCUAUGUGCCCAAUCUAGGGCAGGUGCCUGAGAUAGACGUGCCUUCCUAUCUGCCUGACCUGCCUGGCAUUGCUGCUGAUCUCAUGUACAGUGCUGACCUUGGGCCUGGCAUUGCGCCUUCUGCUCUUGGCACUGCUAUACCAGAGCUACCCACCUUCAACACAGAGUCUGCAGAGCCUUUACGGCAAGAUCUUCAGGAGGGUGCAGCCCCACCGCUGCCACCUCCCCCUCCUCCACCACCACCACCUGAAAUGCCAGCGAGUGCCCUGCCACCACCCCCUCCUCCCCAGGCCCCACUCCUGUCCGAGUCUCAAGUGAACCAAGAGAGAAGCAGUGCAGUGUCAUCAGCUGCUGUCCAGGGCCCCCCGAAGGAAGUUGUGAACCCGUCAAGCGGCCGGGCCACCCUGCUAGAGUCCAUCCGCCAGGCUGGCGGCAUCGGGAAGGCCAAGCUCCGUAGCGUCAAAGAGCGGAAGCUGGAAAAGAAAAAGCAGAAGGAGCAAGAACAAGGAGGUCCAGAAGUGGGAGAGCACAGUGCGGAUCACUUGCCCUGCCACCCGUGGCCUCUUCGCUCCAACGGGCUUAUCCAAAAGCCUCAGGUGUUCCAAGAACUGAUUUGGAUUUCAAGCUGCUCUGUUCUUCAGUGGGAGCCACAGGGAAGGGUGGAGACCUCAUGUCAGAUCUGUUCAACAAACUGGUUCUCCGGCGCAAAGGCAUUUCUGGCAAAGGGCCUGCAGCUGGAGGAGACAGCAAUACUCCCAACGUGCCAGCUGGCGCCUUUGGCCGCAUCUCGGAUACUAUCCCACCGCUGCCCCCCCCACAACAACCAGCUGGUGAGGAAGAUGAAGAUGAUUGGGAGUCCUAGAUCUGCUGCAUUACUUGGUUGUGCACUCACUUCAUGUGACUUACUGCAGGUCGCCAGUGGGCUGAAGAAAGCCCAGCAGCGAGAAAGAGGGGCAACCUCUGAUGCAGGAUCACUGGUCUAAUAGAGAAGGCUGACCUGUGUCUUUUCCCUCCCUGCUCUGGCUUGUUUCAGCAUUUAUUUUAUCAACAAACACUACUGCUUCUCACUUUUCCUUCCCCUCCCAAUCCAGCAGUGUGAAUUAUCUCAAAGAGUGUGUUCUGCAGAACCUCCUGCUGGUUGAGGCUGUGGGGCAGCUUGCACUCAGAGGAUCAAAGCCAGGUCCUCUCCUUGUGAUGAGAGCUCCUAUGCCAGUGCAAUGUGAUGCAUCAAGAUCAUCACAAAGGCCGUUAUUUUCAGCAAACAGCAUUUACCUCCUGCGGCUAGAGCUUUGGUGAGACACAUAGCCCUGAGCUUUAAGGGUGCACAUGGACCGGGAGAGGCUUUUUGAUUUCUCUCGCAGCCCAAUUCACACUUCCUUUAUUGUGUAUGGCAUCAGCUGUGCAAGGAACAGCACUCACUCACCUGUCAAAUGCAAAUGGACUGAUUAAAAAAAAGUCAAAUGCAA